AGACAGACAGAGAAAGACGCGACCGAAACCCCCUUGGCUGAGGUAAUAACACACAUGCGCGCGCGCACCUUCCACCGCGUGCGCCCGCGCUACCGUCAGGACAGAGUGAGAUGUGUGUUCAAUACACGAUCUUUGCCGGUAAACUUCCGCAUUUUACUCCCUUCCUGUUGUCACGGCAACAUUCAACAACAAUAUUUUUCCAAACUGCGCUCAGAAACACUGGAUUAAAUCCUGCAACUACAAAGCUAAAACCAGUCUAAGUGGAGUUUUUAUUUUUCAUCAGCAUUAAAAUGAAUCAAAAGCAGCUCGUUCAAGUUGUGGACCAGUACCAGAAAUCAAGGCAGCAGUUUGUGGAAACUGUGGCUGAUCUCGUCUGCAAACCAUACAAUGCACAGUUCCUCCAAGAUGCAGAUGUGAUAUCCCUGCUGUGUCCCCUGCUGUGUGAUGUGGUGCCCAGCAUCCGGCAGAAAGCAGCUCUGGCUCUCGGCCGGCUAGCAGACCACAACAAGAACCUGGCCAUGGCCGUAGUGAAGGCGGACAUCCUGCCUCAGCUGGUCCGGUCUUUGGCCUCUCAGAAUAGGUACUACAAGAAGUCAGCAGCUUUCCUGCUGCGUGCCGUGGCCAAACACUCCCCUGAGCUGUCUCAGGUGGUGGUGGGCUGUGGGGGGGUGGACGCUCUGGUCCUCUGCCUGGAGGAGUUGAAUUCCGGAGUGAAGGAGGCCGCUGCCUGGGCUCUGAGCUGCAUUGCCCAACAUGAUGCCUCUCUGGCUCAGUCGGUCGUGGACGCAGGAGCUGUCCCCCUGCUGGUGAUGUGUCUCCCGGAGCCUGAGCUGGCCCUCAAACGCAUCGCCGCCUCCACGCUCAGCGACAUCUGCAAACACACGCCGCAGUUUGCCCAGAUCGUGGUGGACGCCGGCGCCAUCUCCCACCUGGAACAGAUGGUCCUCAGCCAAGACUCCAAACUCAAGAGGCAGGUGUUCUCAGCCCUCAGCCAGAUCAGUAAACACUCGGUCAGCCUGGCGGAGAUCGUGGUCGUGUCGAAGGUCUUCCCCGCAGCGAUCGCCUCCCUCAGAGAUCCAGACGAGCACGUCAGGAAAAACGUCGCCACAUUGAUGAGGGAGGUGGUGAAACACUCGCCAGAGCUGGCCCAGGUGAUCGUGAACUUCGGUGGGCUGGCGGCAGUGGUGGACCACGUGAGCAGCUGUCGUGGGAACCUGCGGCUGCCGGGGAUCAUGAUGCUGGGAUAUGUGGCAGCUUACGGUGAAAACCUGGCCAAGGCCGUCAUUCUCUCCCAGGGUGUCCCCCUGCUGGCCCUGUGUCUGGCUGAGGAGUCUGAGCAGCACAUCAAGGCAGCCGCCGUCUGGUCCAUCGGUCAGAUAGGCCACCAUACCACCGAGCACGCCAAGGUGGUGGCCACGGCCAACCUGAUGCCCAAACUGCUGGAUCUCUACAUGGAUGCCAGCAGCUCGGAGGACCUGCAGGAGAAAAGUAAGAAGGCCCUGAAGAGCGUCCUGCAGAAGUGCACCUACCUGCCGGCUCUGGAGCCGCUCCUCUACGAUGCGCCCAGCAACAUCCUCAAACACAUCGUCUGCCAGUUCAGCAAGGUGCUGCCUCAUGACAGCAAGGCCCGUCGUCUGUUCGUGACCAGCGGAGGCCUGAAGAAAGUCCAGGAGAUCGAAGCCGAGCCUGGAUCUGCUCUGCAGGAGUACAUCAACGCUGUUAACAACUGCUUCCCUGAAGAGAUCGUCAG